GCUCUGUCGAGUGGCUGACAUUGCGGAGGGAAUGGGCAGCGCACAUACGGGACCAGCAAUUGCCAAGAAAAAGAACAAGGGAGGCGAUCGCGCCGAGCUUCGACGCGUGGUUGGACAGGGGCACGGACUACCUGACAUUUAGGAUGACCCAGCUACUGACUGGCCACGGUUGCUUUGGAUCAUUCCCAGUUUGCCUGCCUAGGAGAUGGACGACUCGAGUACACCGACGAGAGGGCCGGGCAACGAAACGGAGUACGCAUGGAAAGACAAAUCUGCAGACAAGGAGACUCGGAAAUACUCGAACAAAUUGCGGGACGUAUACGCUCUUGCCGAAAGACUGAAUGGCUCUUUCGGGCAAUUGGCCAUCGCGUGGUCUUUAAAGAAUAAAAGUGUUCAGUGCCUUCUGCUCGGUGCAUACAAUAUAGAUCAAUUGUAUGAGAGUCUCCAAAGCUUACAGGUAACGAUCAAGCUGUGUGUCUCUUGCGAAAGGUUGUUUGCCCCAUGCUAUAUUUGA